UAGUUUUCUUCAUUGGUGUCAACGACCCCUUGCACUGAAGGAGGAACCAAAACUCAUAGAUACUAGUUGGUCAGUAAGCGUUCACCCAAAACACUUUAGCAGCUCAUUAGUAACAUGCUAGAAAGCACUAAGAUCUAGUCCUGAUAUCUUUGUGGUGGUUCCUCCACGUCUCUUUUAUUUAAGGACUUGAUUCCAAACUCUUCUAUGGCCCUACACCUUGGAUGUUUGGCUGUAAAGCAUAUGAUUUCAUAUUACGCUAUCAUACAGGACGUUACAGAUAUAUUACAGUAUUUCUGGUGUAUUCGGAUUCUCGUGAAAGCGCUGUUUGCUCUGUUUGUAUCCAAGAGCAACAGACUGUGUAUUUAGCUUUUGGGAGGACGCUGUUUGUUCCUUUCUAUUUUUACAGUUGUUGAUAUACUCAGCACUGAAAACUGUCAUGCUUCUUCACCCCCACCCAAUCCCUCGUGCCCCCGCUCUUAUGUAGUUAUUCUACAAACUUAGUUUAUCAAACCAUAAUGACUUCCUUGAGUAAAUGUUUAACUAAGUGACUCCUAUGGACAGUAUUUCAGAUUAAACAGACUGUUUUUUGAGGACGUCGUUAAGAGGGUUCUGUAAUCUUCUAGGGGCUUUUUCUGAGGUGAUGCUUGCAGAAGAGAAGAGGACAAGGAAACUAGUUGCGAUAAAAUGCAUCCCGAAAAAAGCUCUGGAGGGGAAGGGGAGCAGCAUUGAAAAUGAGAUUGCCGUGCUCCACAAGAUUAAACAUGCCAACAUAGUUUCCCUGCAGGACAUCUUCGAGAGUAAAUCACACCUCUACCUUGUCAUGCAACUUGUGUCCGGUGGCGAACUCUUCGACAGGAUUGUGGAAAAAGGAUUUUACACUGAGAAGGAUGCCAGUAAGCUCAUCCAGCAGAUCCUGGAUGCUGUGAAGUACCUGCACGACAUGGGCAUCGUGCACAGAGACCUGAAGCCAGAGAACCUGCUGUACUACAGUAUGGAUGAAGACUCCAAAAUCAUGAUCAGUGAUUUUGGCCUGUCAAAGAUUGAGGGUUCGGGUAGUGUGAUGAGCACAGCAUGUGGCACUCCUGGAUAUGUAGCUCCUGAGGUUCUGGCACAGAAGCCGUACAGUAAAGCAGUGGACUGCUGGUCAAUCGGCGUCAUCGCUUACAUUCUUUUGUGUGGCUAUCCACCAUUUUACGAUGAGAAUGAUGCCAAGCUAUUUGAGCAGAUCCUGAAGGCAGAGUAUGAGUUUGAUUCACCGUACUGGGAUGAUAUCUCUGACUCAGCCAAAGAUUUUAUUGUGCAUUUAAUGGAAAAAGAUCCCAGCCAGCGUUACACAUGUGAACAGGCUCUUCAGCACCCAUGGAUUGCUGGAGACACAGCGUUGGAUAAGAAUAUCCAUGAAUCUGUCAGUGCCCAAAUUAAGAAGAACUUUGCCAAAAGCAAGUGGAAGCAAGCAUUUAAUGCCACAGCAGUAGUUCGUCACAUGCGCAGGCUGCAGUUGGGAACCAGUCAGGAGGGCCAAAUGCAGUCCACCUUGCCCAGCCCCUGCCACGGACACCUGCUGCUGCCCGAGGGAGAAGAGGAAGAGAGCUCCCUUCGGAGGGAAAAUAGUGGCUGUUCUGAGGGUGUCAGUGAUGGGAAUGACAUCCAGAACUGCACCUACCAUGUCCAUCCUACUAGUCAGGUCUGAGUGUCAAUCAUCCUGCAGUAACCAAUGACUGACUGUCCUGUUUUUCCACUGGCGUCCUGCCACACCCCCAGUCUGGCCAGGAAUACUGAGUAGCUCCAGCAUCCUGCCACUUGGAGGCGCUGCACUGUAAAGAACCCAGGUGGGAAUGGGGUCACUACUAUUCCAAUGGAGCGGUUCUGUUUAAUGAGAGUUCAAAAAGAGACAAGAAGUUUGCCACAGGCGCUUCAUGGGUAAUAAAUGCUAUUGUGGGAGCUGGAUAGAGAUUGGACAGUGCUUUAACUAAUUUUUUAAAACAACACCGUCUACUUUCAUUUUUCUUUUCCUGAACUAAAAGUCCUCAGGCCUGUUUGUCUUUUAACUCAAAAUACGACAGUGGCUGUUGGUAUGUGGUCUGGUUUAAUAUACAUAAAUUUUAGAUUUGGUGACAUUUUUUGAGAUUAUGAAUUUUGGCAUUAGGUUAUGCUAAGAUUGUCCAAUUUAAAUGCACUUUUUUAACCUUGAAUAUUCUUUCUUUUCAACUAAGGUACGAACAGAUUUCACAUUCAUGAGAUUCUAUAUAUUAGCUGUGUUGCCACAUCUCAGUUGCUUUGUACUUCCAUAAGAAGCGUUGAUUAAGUGUAAGUUACAUUUUAGUUUGUUUUAGAAUUUUUUUUUAACAUUUAACAUCUUUUUGUACACUAAGUCUGCACAACAGAUCAUUCAGUCAGUAUGUUUAAGAGCAUCUUUCUCGCUUCAAAUGUUUUAUGUGGUGCCUUCAUGGAUUCAGUAUCAAUGUUUUACUUUUUUAUUUGUUUCAACAUGUUUUGAUCCUUUCAUUUGGGAAUGUUUGAAGCUGUACAUGGUAAAAUGUGGCUGUUUACCCUCAAAUUCACCUACAUGACAUAUAAGGCUAUUCUAAGCUAUGCACUGUCGGUGGAUGCUUUGUAAAUGUCUAAUGUUUAAUGCUGCCAUCCUGUAAAUGUUGCAACGCUUUUGUUUUUUGUAAACCCCUUUCUAUUACAACAUUAAAAGUACUCAGGGGAGGAACUGAAAUCAGAGAAUUUUUAUAUAUUAAAUGGUCAUUUUACAAGAAAAAAAAAACUAUAGGAUACUGAAUACACAUCACUACAAGGCUGUGGUCCAAAUUAUUUAAAUAUAUUUGGCAAUUUGGAUUCUUUUCUAUGUUGGAACCUGUAUGAAAGUAACCUCCAUUAAACGACAUGAAUGUG